AUGAACGACCCUAAUGAAAAAAUAACCUCGGCUAAACUGAUCGAGGACCAAGAACAAUUAAAAGCCAAAUACGAAGCCGAAAUCAACACCAUCCAACAAGAAAACCUAAGCCUGCAAAACACUAUCCUUAAAAAAGAUAACGAAAUCUUUGACUUGCAAAAAACUAAUAAAAACCUCAGCCAAGACCGAGAUGAGAUCGAACAAGCAAAGAAAACCACCAAAGAGCAAAACGACUUCUUAACGGAAUUCAAUAAACUCCAAGAAGCCAAACAAAUGAAAGGAGAAAACUUAAAACAAAAAACCGUCCAGGAGACCCCUAUUAAACUCAUUUAUUCUCAAAAUGAUUUUGCCGUCUUUGAUAAAGGCUCUUCGGAAUUCUACGGAGCUGAGGAUGAAUUCAUUUCCGACCAACCCUUAGAGAAUCUGGGCAUCAUAAUGGAUGAUGUCUUCAACACUAUCUUUCACAAAAAGAAGAUGAAGCAAGCCCUCCAAAGUCCCAGCCAUCAAGCUGCCUUAGUGGACCGACUUAUCGAUAGCAUGAAAACCAAGGCCACCACUACUUUAAACAAAAAGCUGGUGGAAAUCAUUUGCACCAAAGAAAACUAUAAAGAUACAGCCUGGCAAGAAAUCAGUCAAGCCGAUGCUACCAUUGACAGCCUGGACAAGGCUAUCAAGAUCCUUAAACUUCUCAAACAAGCCUACAAUGGUAUGGACGAAAUCUCCUCGGACUACAACAAAGGCUACCAAAAACCCGGAGACCCCACUUGA